GGGGCGCAUCUUCUUAGGUAGCGAUAUGAAGUGUAACACCUGAAUCUUUCGCGGUCUCUCAAAGACCGUCAUGGCGGCCGGACGUGGGGAGUUUUUCCGGAGUUUAUUAGACGGGUUGGAGAGGACUCAAGCCCCACAGGUCUCAGGUGGACCACAGCCGGGUCCGGGUAGAGGACGGACGGGAUGGAAAGGCAGGAAGAAGUGGCAGCCGAGGGGACCGGUCAGCGGGAGUGACCGAAGCUGCCGAGAACCGAAAACAAAGGAUAAAGAAAAUAUUCCAAAAAGGAGUACGUCUCCAUCCCAGGAAAACACUAUAGAAAGGCUGCCGUCUGAGAUCCUGAUAAAGGUCCUGUCCUACCUGGACGCCUCCUCGCUGUUUUGCGUCAGCCACGUCAGCAAACUCUUCAACCAGCUCGCCAACGAUGACGUCGUGUGGCAUAAGAUCUACAUGUCUGAGUUUGGGAGUCAAACAUGGAAGCCGAAGGCGGCUGAUGAUGCUGCGGUUGACACGGUGGAGGUGGGGCAUCAUUCGGCGGGGCACUGGAAGAGGAUGUACUUCAGGACCAUUGCAGGGCAGGAAGUGAACAAAUGGAGGAGAGAGCUGAGGGACAUUAGCCCGUACACGGGGCUGCCCAGGCAGACCGAAUGGGUCCUCAGGAACCUGAAUGUGAGCUGGGAGCUGACGGUGUGCGAUCAAAACGGACAGAAGAGCACGCUGGAGCAGAGCAGAGCGUACUUCUUUGAGUCGUCCGUGAUCAUCCGUUGGAGUGGAAGCUGCUUCCCCAAAUACCAAAACAUCAGAACCAUCGAGCUGUACGGAGUCAAGAAGGACACGCAGAAGAAGCCCAAACCUGGGAAGCCCAGCUGGCGCUCUCUGAUCUCCACGCUCGACCUGACCACACAGUCUGGUCGAUUCAUCGGUACAGACCGGCUGAUCACACUCGUGCAUCUGACCCCCGACUUCAUCAUCGGCGUCUGGAGGGGCGAGAGGAAUGUGGCGUUCGUCAUGGUCAGUCUGCACUUCCAUCAGCUGGUGGAGAAAAGUCUGCUAGGAUCUCCCGUCUGCCCGUACUCUCAGCCUGAUGACCUCCCACCCCCGGACCCCUCGGACCCUGAGUUUGGUCUGCACGGCUUCUCUCUGCACUUUGUUCUGCACAACACCGGCACGGAGAUCAUGUCGGGACACUUCUGCCAGCUCUCCUGUCGCAGAGCUCAGAUCCACCGUGGACACGUGGAGCUGAGAGUCAUCAACAGGACCAACCUGUCUCAGCACCGCUCGCUGUCUGGAAACAUCAAACUGCCCUGGAAGAGCCUGGAGCUGGAGGGCUCAGUGGAGAACUGCUGCAUCAUAACGCUGACUCUGCUGGACGAGUUCCAAAAACCCUUCUGGUGUCUCAGCUCGCCCAUUUGGACCACGAUGGCGAAGAAGACGCUGUCCUUCGACUACAGCGGCGAGCACUUUGAGAUGGAGCACCGGGAACGUGAGGGUCGGGUGAGGAUGAAGCUGGUGUGGUUGAAGGAGCAGAAACAGUUCUUCCUCAUCAGCCUCAUCGUCUGCGUUCCUGUUUCCAAAGUCAACAAGCAUUUCAGCACGGACUACUGAACGCCACGGAGGUUUGGUUUAUGAUUUCUACAGUUCUAAAGCGUCAACUCAAGUCUGUUUGUAUUGAUUUAUUAUAUGAACGUUCUUUCAGUCUGAAUGAAGAGAGGGUUAUUAAGUUCCUGCUGUUGAAGCAUCGUGUGGUCGUCUGAGAGGUCACUCAUAUUUCAAGUUAAAGAACAUUUGUGUU